AUGCUUCUCCCCUCGGCACUCUCUUGCGACUCGGCGCAGCCGUCGCGGCCCGCGCUUCAGUCCAGCUACUUCUCUCCUCCCGCCAGUCCGCCCACCAUUACCUCUGCCACGGCUCUCGGCAACAUCAUGACGACCUGCCGAUCCUUACAAUCGCUCAUUGCGACGCCUGCUUCUCCCUCUUCCCUGUCCAUCGUGCCGCCGCCAUCCUUGGCGCAGUUGCCUACACCUCCCUUGGCCCAUGCUGCUCUGCCGAUGAAGCUUCGUCUGCGGGCACGUCCUACGCCCUCAAGCUCAAGCACUAAUAGCGAGGACUUGUAUGCUCCGAGAAGAAUGGUCAAGCGGCCUGCACCUUCGCGCGGCAUCAACAAACGUCGCCGCCCCGGGGGCGAUGACAUGGGCCGGGGAGAUGUCCCAUCAGAGGAAGAGGACAUGGACAGCGAUGUCGAGUCCGGAAGCGACUGCCAGCAGUUGCAACCACGCUCAGACAACCAACCUGAAGAGCCCGCUGCUCCCACGACACCGAAACGUGCACGGAUAGCCCCAGAGCGGCUACCACUAGGCUUGCAACGUUCCGACUUUCACGACAUCCAUCAUCUAGAGGGCGGAUGCUCCAGCGAUGGCAAGGGAACAGAGGUCGAGGUGGAAGCAGACGGCGAGGAGUGGAGCGCAGAGGACGACCGCAUCCUAGUCGAGCUCGUCCUGGAGAAACUCAAGCUCGCCAAGUCGGAGUGGCACGACUGCGCCCGCAAUCUGGGCAAGGACAGACACAGCGUAAGUCGACGGUGGAAGAGCCUCAUCAUGAGAGGGGACGUUGGUCUCAAGACGAGAUCAAGUAACCGCCGUCGUCUACACUCUACCUGGCGGUGA